AUGGAAGAGUUUGUGAAAAAUUUGAUCAAGGAGUCCGACCUGAGUGUCCUGACCACCAAGGGUGUGAGGAAGGCCUAUGAGAAACACACACGGAAACAGCUGUCUCACCAGGAGAAGCAGAAGCUCAAGGAGCUGGUCAGCUGUGUGCUGGACGAACUCUUCACCCAGGGGGACUCCGCACGGACAGAGGUAAGGGUAAAUCCACAGCAGAUGGGGUGGAGAGGAGGAUGUGGUAGAGAUUUGAGUGUGGUUGAGAUGAGGAAGAGAUCGGAAGGUGGCGAAGAGGAGGAAGAGAUUGGGGGAGGAAGAGAUUGGGGGAGUAGAGGGUGGUUGAUGGAGGAAGAGAUUGGGGGAGUAGAAGGUGGGGAAGAGGAGGAAGAGAUUGGGGAGGAAGAGGUGGAAGAGAUUAGGGGAGUUGAGGAUGUUGGAGAGGAGGAGGAGAUUGGGAAGAGAGCUGGGGAUGUUGGAGAGGAGGAUUGGGGGGAGGAGAGGAGGAAGAGAGUUGAGAAUGUUGGAGAGGAGGAAGGGAGAUUUGAGGAUGUUGGAGACAAAGAAGGGAACAAAGACAAGUCAGGUGUUAAAUCACCAGUUAAGAAAACAGAAGCCUGGACUCUGUCCAGAAGAAAAUCAGAAACUAACGAUGGCAGCAAACAGUCAGGUGCAUCAGAUAUCCCAGAGAUUAAAACAAAAUUAGAGAAAAAGAAAUGCCCAAAGUCUGAUGAAAGUGAUGUGGAAUCUCGGAGUGGGGAGGACAGCCAGUCAGGCAGUUCUACGUCAGUACGGCACAACAAGAUUGAUAAUGAGAUUGAGUCCACAGGAAUCCAUGAAAGUGGUCAGUCCAAGUCGGUUCCAUUGAAGCUAAACACACAGACAUCUAAAGGAACCAAAAAAGAUAGUGACUUUGAAAAGAAGGAACGAGCCAGUCAAGAUGAAGUGAGUUUGCCAUCCAAACUCAGGUCAAUAUCACCCCGUAAACAGACACAAGAGCCUUCUAAACGGUUACCGGCGAAGAAAAUCCGUUCUGAAAGUCAAAACAAAUCAUCACAAGCUAAGAAAGUAAACUCCCAAAAGUCUGAUAAAUCUACGUUAGGAGUAGAUUUGGUUAAGAAUACAAGAAGGAAAUUUACACCAGUGAACAAGGCGCGAAAGAGGCUGAGCAUAAGUGAAGUGGUAACAGCCAUGAUGGACUCUGAUAAAGAUGGAGGAUCUGAUACUGUCUUGGCUUCCGAGUCCGAUAGCGAUGGUGGGAUUAUUGUGCCAAAGAGAAAACGGAAACGGAAAGUCAUUCAGUCUGAGGAUGAGGAUUCUGAUGUUGAGAAUACGCAUCCUAAGAAGAAGUCAGUUGCGAAGCCAGCAGUAAAGAAAGUGGUAAGUGAGGAUGACAUGAGUGCAAUUGAUUCUGAUGAUGAUCGUCUGCAGAUUGAUAUCGAGGUCACUACACCUGAAAAACGAAGACAGACUUCCAGAUCAUGUAAGAGAAAAAGCUAUGCUCAGUCGUCUGAUUCUGGGAGUGAGGGAGAGUCCACAUCCAGCAGGAUUGAGUCCAGCAAGAUCUCCGAUGCUGCAUCUGAAGAUAGUGGAGUCAAUGUGGACUUGAACAAACACUCGGCCAUUGUGGAGGCAAAUAAUCACAAGACCAAGCCAUCGACAAAGACUAGGACAUCGCCUAGAAAGGAGAAGAAGAGGUCGGUGGAGGAAGAGGUGAAGAAAGAGGUGAAGAAUAUCGUGCAUGAAGAAACUGUUCUUCAAGUGACGAGUCUGGACUCCACAGAUGAGGAGGAAGAUGAUGGAAGAAAUUGUCCGAGUUUAACAUCAAGUGGAAAGUUUCGCAGGCGAUCUGGCAUUCGGAAGAAUUCCCUGAAUGUGUCUGAGGUUUUGGAAGAUAUUGAGAGGGAAAAGAAAUUUUCAUCUUCCAAGAAAUAUGAGAGAAAAAUGAAAGAAAUCAAAUUUUCAGAUCUCUUGAAUAGUGUUGACAGUGAGACCCCAGGGUUCUCAUCAGAUCCUUCUUUGAAAGAAAAAUCUGUGUUUUCCAUAUCAGAAACAGAAAGUGAUCAUACCGUUCGGAAGGAUAGACGAGGCCUGUUCCAAGAAUUUGAACAGAGGAAUAUCUCUAAGAUUUUAGAAGGUGAGAGUUUUGAUGUGAAAACCUGUUCAGUUGUACUGGAGCGAGUUGACGAUCAGAUUGACUGGAUGCAUAUGACCAGAAAGAUGACAAAGAAACCCUCUUCAGACUCGGACGAUGUGGCCCUUUUGUCUGUUGAUGAAGUUGAUGGGGAGACAUUGUCAACUUAUUCCUUGGUUAAGAAGUUGAAAAUAACUGGGAAUGGAAAAUCUCAAAAACGUUCCACCCAGUGUAGCCAAAAAGCCACCAAGUUUACAAAAUAUGAAUCUUCCGAUUCUGAUGACAACAUUCCUCUGAAGGCUGCCGGAGGUCAAAGUCAGAACAAGGAUGACAAUAUUCCCGUGUCCGAGGAGACAGAGGAGAUAACCUAA